AUGGGGAGGAGAGGCUCGGGAGGCAGCGGCGACAUCCCGGGGCGGUGGGCUGCCCGCCCAGGGCCCCCAGAAAAGCGGCAGGACGGGCCGGGAAAGGGAGUGGCGGCGGCGCCGGCGGGUGGCGGGCGGGGUCGGGGUCGCCGGAAACGGGACAGUGGGCACGUCAGCCCCGGCACGUUUUUUGAGAAGUUCUCAGCUGCCGAGGGUGGGGGAGCCGGUGUCAGCCCAGGGCAGCCGGCAGUGCCGGUGGCGGCGGGGGCCCCGCCGGGGGCUGCGGGCGCUGAGCGCGGUGGAGGCACCCCUCAUGACAAGCCCCUGACCUCACCCUCCUGGGGCAAGGGCAGUGAACUGUUGCUGGCGGAGCAGCCCGACCUGAUGUCCUCCCUGGACAGCGGCAUCCAGAGCGUGACCAAGUCAGACGGCAGCUCUCCGCACGUGGACUUUCCCGACGAGGUCAGCACCAGCUAUGGCAACGAGGACGAGGUGUCCUCCAGCUCCGACAAUGCCACCUCCAAGACCACCCGUAGCCCGCUGCUGGGUGGUUCGCCCAAGCUGCCCCGUGGGGAGCACGCACUUCUCAACGGACAGAAGCCCCUGGCCCUUGGCCUUCUCAGUACAUCUACCUCGACCCCUGACAGCUAUGGGCUCAGCACCACGGCGGGCGCUCACCCUGGCACGCCAAGCAUGGAGCAGGUGCGGACCCCCACAAGCACCUCGGCCCAGGAUGAGAUCCACCCCUUGGAGAUCCUGCAGGCACAGAUCCAGCUCCAGCGGCAGCAGUUCAGCAUCUCGGAAGAUCAGCCCUUGGGGUUGAAGAGCAAGAAGGGGGAGUGUGCGGGGCAGAAUGGGGACAGCGACCUGGGCAGCUGCUGCUCGGAGGGUGUCAAGGGCACCAUGAGCACCAUAGACCUGGACUCCCUGAUGGCGGAGCACAACUCCACCUGGUACCUGCCUGGAGAAAAGGCCCUGAUGGAGGGGCAGGAGGAGGACAAGUCCAUGGCGCCCUGGGAGAAGCCCAAGCCCCCGAACCCCAGCAAAGAAGCCCACGACCUUCCCCCGAGCAAGACCUCGGCGGCGGCGGCGCAGACGGGCACCCACCUGCAGUGCCUCUCGGUCCACUGCACGGACGACGUGGGCGAGGCGAAGGGCCGGACUGCGGUGCCGACGUGGAGGUCCCUGCACUCGGACAUCUCCAACAGAUUUGGGACUUUUGUGGCUGCCCUGACUUGAACAAAAGAAAUUAUUUUUCUUUUCUUUUUUUUUUUUUUUUUUUUUUUUUUUUUUUUUUUUUUAAUUUCAAAGGGCCGCUACUGCUAGGUGGACUAUUUUUCUAGGUUGGUACCUGCUUAGUGGCAUAUGGACUGGAAAGGGUUAAUUUAAAGUAAACCUCAACUUUUUUUUAAUCUUCUGCCACAGUAUGUUACCAGUGUUAACCCUUCUGCAGUUAGCACACUUUUGCUUAAGAUUUUCCUGCUAGACCACUUUUUCCCAUUAUUCUGUAACCUUGGCAUACAUUUAUAGAUGAGGCCUUUUCCUUUUUCAUCUCAGUGUGUGUCCAAGUCACGUAUGUCAUAAUAAGACAAAGAUUCUCCUCUUCCUCCUCCUCCUCCUUUUCUUCCUCUUUUGUUUUGUUUUUCUUUUUUUUUUUUUCUUUUUUUUUUUUGUUUUGUUUUGUUUUGUUUUGCUUUGUUCAGUGCUUAUUAGGAUGGUGAUCCUGAGGAGCAGCAGUUCAGGAAUAAACACCAGUGAAAGCAAAAUGGUCAGCAUUAAAUCAUGUCGUAGUGACACCCAGCCUUUGCCAGUCUCAUACAAACCAAGCAGUUGAUGCUCUGUUGAAUGUUCAGGCAUGGACCUGCCCUUUCCUGAGAGAAUGAGGCUCUGCUAUUAAAAAGUUUCAGCUCUCAUUUUGCUCCUGGUGAGGCCAGGAUGCUCCUUCCUCUGUGUUCCUGGGCGUAGCCCUGGGAUGUAGCUCUGUCAUGAAUGGGCUGGUUCAGGCUCAGCAGGGAAGGUAUGGAGAGGUUUUUCUAAAUAAGUCUAAUAGUCAUUAUCUCCUCCUCCAAAGGGCCAGGAUCCAUGUUGCUUGCCUGGGCCUGGUGGUGCUCCUGCAGUUCCCACUUUAUUGAUACUGGAGAAAAUAAAUCCCCUGCACCCUGCCCAUUUUUUGCCCAUUUUAAACUGCAGAAAGAUGCUGUUGAUUGGCAGCAUGUCCAGUGUCUCCUGCCCUUGCCAGGGGUGCCCCAGCCCCUACCACAACAGGUCCCAGUGCAGAUGCAGGGGGCUGUGUCCAGGGGCAGCAUUUCUCAAUCUGCCAGGGCAGGAAAACCUGGUGUCAGAAUCCCCCAAACUCGUUCAAGGCCCCAUUUCUGCCAUGCACUGAAGAACAGCAUUGCUGGAUGCACACAAUAAAAGGAAAGCCAUACUUUCCUGCUUGGGCUAGAUAAUGCUCAUUUGAGAUGAAAGUUGGAAGCAAACCAGAUAAACCCACAACUGACAAGAUGGGCUGAUUUUCCAGUGGUUUUAUGUAACAAUGUCUAUUAUUUGUGUGUCCCUGCACCCAGGAGUGGCCCUGUCCUGCCCUGCGCCUGCAGCUCACCUCCCACAGCUCCUGGAGCUCAGGAAAAGCACUGGAGGGUUUGGCUUUGGUUGUGAAAUAAAGGUUGGCCUCUCUAGGGUUAUUUAUUCAUGAUUUCACAAAUGUGUCCCUGCUGAAGGGACAGAGUUGAAGACUGCUUUAUAUUUUAUCUUUGAUGAUUGUGCUGGGUCUUUAAUUACUUUGACAUAAUAUUCUCGGUAGACACCAACGGAGAGGAAAUUCUGCCUAAAAAGCCAAGGGUGGUCUGGAAUCCUCACUCUCAGUCAUAUGUGGCUUCAGAGAGACUCGCAGUGUUUGGAAAUGUGAUUUGAAUGUGCUCUUAUUAACCAUGCAUGGAUUGAUUUAUGGGUCUGGUCAAUGAAUUGACUUUGGAUAAAUUUGGAUAGUUUUUAAUCUUGGUUUUCAAUAUUAUUUUACUUUGUAUUAAAGCUGGAGCUUCCACGAGGAUGAGGAUUUUUGCCCAUCCUGGAGCAACUGGCUGUGGAGCUGCCGCACACCCACUUGGUUUGGAUCAAAAAGCUGGGAUGGUUUGUACCUCUGUCAGGGUGUGCAACCAGGAGUGCAGAGCUCCUCCUGCACCUACAAUAAAAUGUCACUGUCCCCAGUAAAGUAUCUCCUAGUAGUCACUGUCAGCCCCUUUCUGGAAGGUGCCUCUGCCUGUGAUUCCUCAAGUCCUGGCUUACCUAAGUAUAUGUUUGAUUUUAAAUCCUGUCAGCAGAGCAUGGGUGUUCUGUGCAUGCCAGAGCAUUUGUGCUGCUGUGGGGGGCUUGCUCUGCAGCAGGGCACCCUGGGGUGACACCAGUACAGUACUGCGUUCCAUCACAGCUGAAAAUUUUGGCCAAGUUCAUGGUCUGGUGGCAUUCCUGCUCAGAGUGCAGUCCCUUGCCUUGUGCUUUGUUUUUAGUUUUUCCUGCUGCACUGAAGAGAACAGGUUUUUCAGGCUUCCUGAGGUCAGGGAUGCACACCCUGUGCCACAGGAAGGAACCUGUCAGGGGACACACGGAGUUCAGAUGCUUUUAAAGAGAAAUCCCUGUUUGAGUGGAGUUGUGGUGGCUUGGUCUCACCACCCAGUUCUGCUGGCUCAUUCUCAGCAGCUUGCACUCCUCUCCUGGAGUACUGUUCUCAUCUGCUUGGAACUUGC